AUGUCCCGUUCGAACCCUCCAAACGCCGGAGGCUCUCGCAAGAUUUCUUUCAAUGUUAGCGAGCAAUACGACAUUCAAGAUGUUGUAGGUGAAGGUGCAUAUGGAGUCGUUUGCUCCGCGAUACACAAACCGUCAGGGCAGAAGGUUGCGAUCAAGAAGAUCACUCCAUUCGACCAUUCCAUGUUUUGUCUCCGAACUUUGCGCGAAAUGAAGCUCCUUCGCUACUUCAAUCACGAGAACAUCAUCUCUAUCCUUGAUAUCCAGAAGCCCCGUGGCUACGAUACAUUUAACGAGGUCUAUCUCAUUCAGGAGUUGAUGGAGACUGAUAUGCACAGAGUCAUCCGAACACAGGAUCUCUCAGACGAUCACUGCCAGUAUUUCAUCUAUCAAACUUUGCGCGCACUGAAAGCAAUGCAUUCAGCAAACGUUCUGCACAGAGAUCUGAAACCAUCCAACCUGCUUCUCAAUGCCAAUUGCGACUUGAAAGUCUGUGACUUUGGCUUGGCCAGAUCGGCUGCAUCUCAAGAAGACAAUUCUGGUUUCAUGACGGAAUAUGUUGCAACACGAUGGUAUCGUGCCCCAGAAAUCAUGUUAACGUUCAAGGAAUAUACAAAGGCCAUUGAUGUUUGGUCUGUCGGCUGCAUCUUAGCCGAGAUGCUCAGUGGAAAACCUUUGUUCCCUGGUAAAGACUAUCAUCACCAGUUGACUCUGAUUCUCGAUGUUCUCGGCACGCCUACCAUGGAAGACUACUAUGGUAUCAAGUCGCGACGUGCUAGAGAGUAUAUCCGGUCUCUACCAUUCAAGAAGAAGGUGCCAUUCAGGACUCUAUUUCCAAAAACUUCCGACUUGGCUCUCGAUCUUCUCGAAAAGCUACUAGCUUUCAAUCCUGUCAAGCGUAUCACGGUUGAGGAGGCUCUAAAGCAUCCCUACCUGGAGCCGUAUCACGACCCCGAGGACGAGCCAACUGCACCUCCGACUCCUGAAGAAUUUUUCGACUUUGACAAACACAAGGAUACCCUGAGCAAAGAACAGCUGAAACAACUCAUUUAUCAGGAGAUUAUGAGGUAA